UCACCGCCAUCACCCUCUUCGCUACUGCGGCCAUGGCUGCCCCCAACCCUGAGCCCUGGUGCUGGCGCGUCGGCGAGUCUUGUUGGAAGGCCAAGCGCGCCAACGAGGCCCUGACCCUUGCCGUCCGAUCAUUCGAUGGCAUCGAGGCUCGCGGCGACGCACCCAACGGCAUCCCCAACGAGCUCGCCUACAAGGCCAUUGGCGGUCUCGAGAACCUCGCCAUCCUUGUCGCCCAGGCCUCUGAGGACCCUUCCACCUUCUUCGGCAACCAAACUGAGCCCGCCAAGCGCGACCUCCAGGAGGAGAAGCGCUGGUGCUGGAGAGUCGGCGAGUCGUGCUGGAAGGCCAAGCGAACUGAGGAGAUUCAAGAGGACAAGCGCUGGUGCUGGCGUGUCGGCGAGUCCUGCUGGAAGGCCAAGCGUGUCGCCAUGGCUGUUCUCGAUGCCACUAUCGAGGGCGAUGUGAAGCGAAGCGUCGAAACUGAAGAGCCUCUUGCCAAGCGCUGGUGCUGGCGAGUGGGCGAGUCUUGCUGGAAGGCCAAGCGCAGCGUUGAGUUUAUCCAGGACCAGGCUCGCAGCCUCAUUGAGUCUCUGGAGUAAACGAUGGCUCUAAAGAUGUUAGUCUUCCUUUUCAACCUUUGCCAUGUCAAUGCUUGGAUGCAAAGAUUGCUAAUAUUCAUCAUCCAUAGAAACACAAAUCAGUAAAAAACAAAAAAAAAACGCAACGCCGGUCACGCUUCAUGAGCCAUGCACUCCUUCAUUUCUUUCUCUCCCGAUAUCCACUUGGAUAUUCCGGGUUCAUAU